AGGCAAUUCAUCGGCAACUUGGACGAUGGUGUUGUUUGUGGGCCUGUCGUCCCUUGUGUUUGGGGCGUACACGUUGCUCGUCCUCAUCUCGCGUGUAUUGUUGUGUGACAUCGACCCGGGUCACGAUUAUGUCAAGCGACAUGCUCUGACUGCGCUCGCGUGCAUCUGGUUGUCGUGGGACUUGAACAACUAUUUGUGGCUGCGCUGGAUUAUGGACGUCGUGGCGGUGGUGAAUGCGUACUCGUGUCACUCGAUGGUGAUCCGCGGCAACGGGUACACGUCUGUGUCGCUCAAGGGCAAAGUUGCCAUCGUCACGGGUGCCAACAACGGGAUUGGCUUGGAAACCGCGCGGCAGUUGGCCAAGCAAGGCGCGCACGUCGUCUUUGCAUGCCGCUCCAAGGAACGGGCGGAGGCUGCCAUCAAAAGCGUCGCAAAGUCCGUCGGCGCGUCGGCGGCGACUCUCCAAUUCUUGCCGUUGGACCUUGCCGACUCCAAGUCGAUCCGUGCAUUUGCCGACUUGUUUCGCAAGUCCAAGUUGCCCCUGGACAUUUUGGUCAACAACGCCGGUGUCAACUACUACAAACGCGAAACGACCGCCGACGGCCACGAACGCGUGUUCGGGAUCAACCAUUUGGGUCCAUUCCUGCUCACAAACCUUCUCUUGCCCACGCUGCUCAAGUCCGACGCCCCGCGCAUCGUCAACGUUGGCUCGUGCUUGAUGAAGUUUGCCAACGCGAUUCCAUUUGACGACUUGAUGACCAAGAAGCACAGCUACGGCAAUGGACUCUACACGUACAACUGGUCCAAGCUCGCCAACUAUCUGUUUACUUUGGAACUGCACCGUCGGUAUGGGGACAAGCACAACCUCACGGCGACUUGCGUGCAUCCUGGCCUUGUGAUCUCCAACAUGCAAGACAACAUGCACCCUGCGUUUGCUUUUGUGGCCAAGUACUUGAGCGUGUUGCGCCCCCUCGUCCUGCAGACGGCCGAAGCUGGUGCGCACUCGCCGGUGUUUGCCGCCAUCAGCCCCGCGCUUAAGGGCGGCGAGUAUGUCGAGCGAUGCGAAGUCGUGGAGCCCGCCCCCGCGCUCAAGAACGACAGGGCCGCCAAGCGCCUUUGGGAUAUCAGUUGCAACCUCACUGACUGGAAAAAGUAGAUUGAAAUGAUUAAUUCACGCUGUGGCUUUGAUCGACCACGGGCUUGGGCCGUGUGUUGAACACGA